UAUUUAUUUACAUGGCUGGUUGUGUUUUGUUUUGACGUUUUUUUCAUAGGUUGUGAUAUUGUUUGUGACUCAAAUUAAUGUGAUAAUUAAAUUGUGAAACAAUUGCAAUUAUAAUCGUAUGCAAGAUUCAGAUAGCAAAAUAUCAAGAGAGGAAUUAAUGUAUAUAAUAGGAGAGUAAUAGAUAAACAAUGUAGUAAAAACUGUUAUUUUUUACAGUUGUAAGAAUGUAGUAGCAAAAUAUAUAAAUGUAGUGGUUAAUAUAUGUAAAGUUAACUAUAAUUUAGUUUCUACGGCCAGUAUUAGAAAAUAAUUAAUUAACUAGGUAUACUUAUUGAUAAAAUGAAGUGUAACUUCUACAACCAAAUUGGAAAACAAGAUCUGUUUAUGUUUAACUACAACAGCAAAUGCGUACGAUACUUGGACUAAAGGCGCUUAAUGGUUUACAUGGAUGGACGGGAGGGCGUGGGGCGCCGCGAAGGUGCCGUGCUGCCCAAUUCAAUGGAGGCAUGCGAGCCGCCCAUACAGUUGGAACCCGUGGACCUGAGCUUGAAACGACGCUCGCCCAUACCACGCCGCCGCUCACGAUAUGUUGGUAAUAACAUCCCAACUUCUUCGAAAGUUACCAAAGUCGAAGAAUCGACAAGUCCUCAAAUUCAUUUAGAAUCAAAUCACGAACUGCCAAGAAUUAAAAUAGGUCCCGACCUUCGGAGCACUAGAAAAAUGAAAAACGCUAGCAGGUACAAACAGCCCCCACCGCUACCAACUCAGCAAGCGAUCUCAGCUUCUAUGGAACUGUCAAACAAACCUUUCUUCUCUCCAAUAUUGCCUUUCACGAUCCCACCCAGCGAAAUGAAACCCAAUCUACCCGCAGAUAUCGAAAUAAAAAACUUCCUGCUCAACACCGCUCUACAAAACGCCCUAACGGACUCCCUAAGUGAAUUAUCCCAGAGGAAAUAUAAACUGGAGGCACAAAAAUCUGAAGCUGAUACAGAUAAUAAAGAGUUUGUGAACGAAGAGCAAAAUCGAAGGAGGUUGCAUAAAUGCGAUGUUGUCGGCUGCAUGAAGGUUUAUACGAAGAGUUCGCAUUUGAAAGCUCAUAAACGGACGCAUACAGGUGAAAAGCCCUACAGUUGCGCAUGGGCAGGCUGUGGGUGGAGAUUUGCCCGAUCGGAUGAAUUGACUCGUCAUACUCGCAAACAUACCGGCCAUCGGCCCUUCGCCUGUCCUCUUUGCCGCAGAGCCUUCGCGAGGUCCGACCAUCUCACCCUCCAUAUGAGGCGACAUUAACUUCGAACAUCAAGAAACAAAGUGAGAUUUAUUACUCAAAAUUGGAAUCUUUAUUCAGGGAUAUGACCCCGCAUUAUAUUUAUAGUAAGUAGUACAACGUCAUAAUCUGAGUCGUCAUAAUCAUAAUUCCUUUUAUUGAUCUGUCUCUGUCUUACACAAGAAUAUGGUAGAACCACGUGAUAUAAUUUAUUACUCAAAAUGAAAAAAAAAAAAUUAGAUAUGUAACCCCACGCCAUUUUUAUAUUACAGCGUCAACAUCUGAGUCGUCUGGUCAUAAUAAUUAAAAUUCCUUGUACUGAUUUAUGUCGCACCACACUAAUGAGAAUAACACUGUCAACAUCAAGAAUCCCCGACUGACCCCGCGCUAUGUUUAUAGUACAGCGUCAUCAUCUGAGAGGUCUUGUCAUAAUUAUAAUUUCUUUUAUUGAUCUGUCUCUCUCAAAUAACGCUGUAAACAUCAAUAAUCUUAUGAAACUACGUGAUAUUAUUUAUUUCUCAAAAAUGUAAUGUAUACUUAAGAGAUGUGACCCCGUGCGAUGUUCAUUGUACAGCGUCAUCAUCUGAGUCGUCUGGUCAUAACUCAUAUUUUACAUCGUGCGGGGUCACAAUAUGUAUAGUAGAGCAUCAUUAUCUGAGUUGUUGGGGUGAUACAUCCUUUAAUCUACCUGGCUCGCGCGUCGUCAAUGAUAAUAACACUGUCAAAUCAAGUCAAUUCAACAUCAAGAAUCUUAUGAAACCAAGAGAAGUUUAUUACUCAAAAUUAGAAUCAAAAGGUCAUAGAUAUGAUCCCACGCACGAUAUAUAGUUCAGCGUCACUAUCUGAGUUGUCUGGUCAUACACGUUGUUGACGAUCUGGCUGACGCGAUUUCAACUUUAUUAUCACUUCGAACAUCAAGAAUCUUGUGAAACCACGAGAUAUUUAUUACACAAAAUUUGAAUAUUUAUUUUAGGGAUCCCGUCGCGCGAUAUAUAGUUCAUUACACAGUUCAUCACACAAUAUUUUAGGGAUGAGACCACGUGCAUGAUGUUUAUAAUACAGCGUCACUAUCUAAGUCGUUGGGUCAUUUCCUUUUAUCGAAUUGUCUCGCGCGACUUGCGAUAAUAACAAUUCGAACAUCAAGAAUCUUAUGAGCGACCACGUGAUAUUUACACUAAAUUGAAAUCAAUAUGUGACCGCGGUGUCGACUGAGACAGCGAAAUCACCACGCUGUGAACUCGUUCGCAAAUCUCCAAUGUGAUAACACCAAGAAAUUUAAUAGCGACUUUGGCCGAUCAAGUAAGAUCGUGCAUUUUGUAAAGGUCCCGUUAAAUAUACUUUAAACGUACCUGUGACUUAAAGUCAGAACCGAGUUUCUUAUUUUUAAUAAUUACUUAGAAUUAUUUUAUUUGUUUUAAGAAACAAUCUGUGGCAUUAUUUUACACUUAAUGGCCAGUAACGCUAUACAUUUAUUUUAAUUUUUAAGGAUAUCGUUAAGUUUAUAUAUAUAGAAUAUCUAAGGAUUGAAGUUUUUAUUUUACUUUCUAAUAGUCAUAGGUUUUAUUAGUCUAAGAGCCAGUGCAGUUAAUUUAGGUACUCUUUCUAAGAUUACAAUCUGUGAAAUGGUAAAUAUCCACUGCUUGUCACAUAUGGUUCAUUAUGCAACUAAUUUUCUAUUGAGUUGAAAAAAUAAAUUAAACCACGGUAUUGUGUUUGUCAUAUGUCAUUUGUCCAAACAGGUCACGUUUAACACUGCCUCAUUUUCUAAGUUUGUAAAAUAAUGAGUCUCAAUAACCUGGCUGACGUAUAAAAAAAUCUGUUUUUAGUUAAUAAAUUGAACUAAUUUUUUACUAAAGUGAAAGUUCCCAUUGUUGUGGCAUUAAAUAGUUCUCCGAAUUAAUUUUUAGGAUUACUUAAUUAUUAUUUUACUUUAAUAUUAGAUAAUAAACUAUAAUAUGAUGCUCAAAAAAAUGUUCCACGAAAAAUACAGGGCAACGGUGGCAAUAUUAGAUAAAAAAAAGUAUUAUCUAUAAGUUUUUUUUUAAACUACUUUUUUUUAAAGGAACCUGAACGAGGUUAUAAGAUUUAGUUUUAUUUUAAUUUGUUUAGUGCGGUAGGUUAAAUUUGUGUUAUCGUUUUUGAAAAAAAAAACGUUCUAAAAUAUUUGGGUCAGAAACAAUUUUUUUAGGGUAUCACAUGGAGGGUUUCUGCCUUGGUUAGUAAUUACCCUGCGAAGACGUGUUGUCAAGUUAUUAGGGUACCGAUACGGAGCCGCGUAGAAACCCUUCAUAUGGGUUAAUACAUUUGCAAUACCUGUACCAAGUUAGUCCGCUCGGUUACAAUGUCAAAGGCUAACUACAGUGGAAUAAAUAAAAACAAAAGAAACAACAUUGGUUUAUUAAUUCAUUAUACUCAUUUUAAUAUAUUUUAUUUUGUGUAGUUAAUAUCCUAUACAAUUUUGAGGGUUAAAUUUUAAACCGGGGUCACUAAUUCUUAUAACAACAAAAAAAAUUCGAUCUGUCCCAUAUAUUUUUUGCACAUAUCAUUUCCAAACAAAAAAUAGUUAUUGACGAUUUUGUAUAGUGUUCUGUUUUUUGAUAUUUUAAUGCGUUGUGUUUCUAGAGUUUAUGGAAAGUACUUAAUAUAUUUCAAUAUAAUAAUUUUUACAGGGAUGGUGAACCUGUGAUAUAAAUAUUAGUUACUUUGAUUGAAGAAUUUAUAUAACCAAUUGAUAUCAUUUAUUUACAACAUAAUUGCAUUUUGUAAACAUAAUCCUUUUCCUUUCGAACUUGGCUUGAAUACACUACCGUUUGUCUUCUACCUUACAACACCUACUGUUUUUGAUUGUUGGUACACUUUUUAUAUCCAUUUCUGUAAAAAUAGUAGAACUUGUCUCUCGUAAUAAAAAUGUUUACUGAUGUUUUCUUCAUUUGAUAGGUAACUACCAAACAAACUAUACAAAAACACAUUGUCCCCACAAAUCACCAAGAUAACGUGUUAUCGAUAUUAUAAUGUGUCGUAAAAAAAAACUAAUAUAUUAAUAAAAAGGUUUACCAUCUCUGUUUUUGGAAAACUAUACAUUUUAAGAUAUUGAGGUAAGCUUUAAAAGCGUCGAAUAUUUGUUAAUAUUAUUUAAACUCGGUACCGCAAUAGAAAUAGUUUUUACACGAAUUGUUCUUAUUAAAAUCUAAAAUGUGUAAGAUAGAAAAUGUGUGUGCCUUUAUAGGUGAUAACUUUAGUAAGUAAUAGUUUUUAUAGCACUUGUAGUUUGCUCAUUAAAUUAGAGGUUGCAUAAGAAAUUAUACUGUGUGGACUUUAUUUUCUUUUCUAUGUGACGAAAAUAGGCUCAGAGCACUCAACACGGGUGGGUUCAGACCGAACUAGAAAUUUUGUGUGAUAUGUAAAAUAUGUUUUGUUAAAGCUCUGUCACGGAAGUUGAACAUUAUUCUACAUCUGUUUUAAAUUAUUUAAAUGUGUACGCAAUGCAUCAUGUUUUACAAAAUUGUUUCUCUCUGUGUUCAAACACUGUUAGGUUAUUUUAUAUAAUAUCACAAUUUGUGAUAUGAAUACUAGAAAAACGUAAGAACUUUAGUAUUAAAAGGUAUUUGGGGCCAGUAUUUUUUGAAAUUAUUUUAAUUUAGCGUAUCGAUAGGUAUAAUUAGUAUAAGCGAAAAAAAAAAUGAAACAUAAUGUUGAUCUCGAAUUGGAUAUUCCUUUCUCUUCGUAACAAUUGAUCUCAAUUGAAUAUUUAUUAUUUAUUAUUCUAAUAAAAAUUGCAUAUACUUACCACACUGGUGCAUUCUCUGAAGAUAAACGUAGUUGCAAAAUGUUUUACAACAAUGUUUAAUCAGGUUUCUUUUCUCAUAAAAAAACUUGUUGAAUGCAAAAGUUGUACUUAAUAUUUAUUAUAUUUAUAAUUGUUUAUCUCUAUCUUCAUGAAAAAAUACUAUCUAUUCAAAAUAUCUUAACAUAUUGCAAAACCUUUCUUUUUUCUUUCGAUUAACAUUUUGCGAAUUAAGUUGCCUUAAAAUUAAGUAACUCUAGAAAUCCUGUAGACUUAGAAUAGAUUUAAAAAUUAUCCAGCAUUUUGCCGGCCAGUAAAUUUUUUUUAGAUUACAAGAUAGAUUCCUAUUUACAUUUUUUGCACUCUAUAUUAAGACAAACAAAAGCUGGAAGUUGGUCAAAACAAAUAUUACUGGUACUGUUCAUAAAAAAGAAAUAAUAGAAAUUGGGAAGCAACAUUGGAUAAAAUAUAUACUAGCUGAAGUCCCGACGAACUUCGUACCGCCAAACAUUUUUUUUAUGAAUAUAUUGUAAUUCUUUGUAUCCUAUUCUGGACUAAGAAUAAUCCAAAAAAUCAAAUAUCAUAAAAAUUGGUCCAGCCGUUUUUGAGUUAUAAAUGGCGUAACUAAACAACUUUCUUUUAAUAAAUAUAGAUUUGUAUAUAUAUAUUAUAAUUUAUAUACAUGCCUGCACAGUUAGAGUUUACGUUUACCUUAAACGUGAUCAAAUAUGGUUUGGAAGAUAAAUUAUUUUCGAAUUUGUGUUGUUAGCUCUUUUUGUUUUGACCGACUAAAGUUUUGAAUGUAUGAAAAUGACAAUAAAAUUAAAUUUGUAUCA